GACACUAGCAUCAAACGCUGUGUGUUUACAUCUGUUUUAUUUUCUCUUCAUUGUGAGACGAGAUGGAUGUGAUGUGCAGUAUAUCAGUAGAAACUGUUGAGGGUUUACAGGAUGAUGAAUCUACUGAUCAAAUUUCCACAGAGUCUCUGGAUUCUGUCUGUGACGCCGGAGAACAGCAGCAGAUCCUGCAGACCAAACUCAAGAUGUGUUCAGUCAAACUCAUCGACUGCACGAAACUCAUGAUGAAUAUUAAAACUGAACCUACAGAAAUAAACACUGGACCUACAGAAAUAAAAACUGAACCUACAGAAGAGGAAGAUCCCACUGAUGAAUAUGACAGUUGUAAUGAUUUUGACAACGACGAUCAUGAUUUUAUUCCUUCAGAUGUGAAGAGUGAAUCAUGUUCUGAUGGAGAAACGUCCUCAACAUCAGAAGAGCGACUGACAGCACAAACUCUUUCCUGCAUCACCUGUGGAAAGACAUUCAGCUCACAGAGACGUUUAGAGAGACAUGAGAGAAAACACACAGAACAGAAACUCUUCACCAGAUCUGAGAUCAGCUUUACUACCUUACAAGUGAAGAAACUUCAUACAGAAGAGCACACAGAGAAGAAGAAGAAACUUCAUUCAGAAGAGCACAGAGAAAAGAAGAAGAAGAAGAAACAACUUCAUUCAGAAGAGCACACAGAAAAGAAGAAGAAGAAACAACUUCAUUCAGAAGAGCACACAGAGAAGAAGAAGAAGAAACAACUUUGUUCAGAAGAGCACACAGAAAAGAAGUCAAAAUUCUUAUCUAAUCUAAAACACCACAUGAGGGAACACCGUGAUAAAAAGCCUUUCUACUGCAGCACCAAACGCAGUCUUGUUGUUCAUCAGAGAAUUCAAACUGGAGAGAAACCUCAUCACUGUAGUGUUUGUGGGAAGAGUUUUAAUCAACAUGCCAGUUUAGUGACACACCAGAGAACUCAUACAGGUGAAAAACCUUACCACUGUAGUGUUUGUGGGAAGAGUUUUAGUCAACAUGGCAGUUUAGUGAUACACCAGAGAACUCAUACAGGAGAAAAACCUUACAAAUGCUCUCAAUGUGAGAAGACUUUUGCUCGGUCAGGCCACUUAAAAUCCCAUCAGAGAGUUCACACUGGUGAGAAACCUUACGUAUGCUCUCAAUGUGGGAAGAGCUUCUCUGAAACAUCUCGUUUGAGAGUUCAUCAGAGAGUUCACACUGGAGAGAAACCUCAUCACUGUAAUGUUUGUGGGAAGAGUUUUGAUCAUCAUUACAAUUUAGUGGUACACCAGAGAACUCAUACAGGUGAAAGACCUUACAAAUGCUCUCAGUGUGAGAAGACUUUUGCUAAGUCUGGUCACUUCAAAAUCCAUGAGAGAAGUCACACUGGAGUAAAACCUUACGUCUGCUCUCAAUGUGGAAAGAGCUUCAAUACUUCAAGUUCUUUUAGAGUUCAUGAGAGAACUCAUACUGGAGUGAAACCUUACGUCUGCUCUCAAUGUGGUAAGAGCUUCUCUACUUCAAGUUAUUUUAGAGUCCAUGAGAGACUUCACACUGGAGAGAAACCUCAUCACUGCUUGAUCUGUGGGAAGAGCUUCACUACUUCAAGUUAUUUUAGAGUCCAUGAGAGACUUCACACUGGAGAGAAACCUCAUCACUGCUUGAUCUGUGGGAAGAGCUUCACUACUUCAACUAAAUUGGGAGUUCAUCAGAGAGUUCACGCUGCAGAAAAUCCUCAUCAAUGUAGGUUUUGUGGGAAGAGUUUUAGUCAACAUGGUAGUUUAGUGAAACACCAAAGAACUCAUACAGUAGAAAAGCCUUACAAAUGCUCUUAAUGUGAGAAGACGUUUGCUUGGUUAUAUUCCUUAAAAGUCCAUGAGAGAAGUCACACUGGAGUGAAACCUUACAAAUGCUCUCACUGUGGAAAGAGCUUCAAUAUUUCAUUUAAUUUGAGAACCCAUCAGAGAGUUCACACUGGAGAGAAACCUCAUCACUGCUUGAUCUGUGGGAAGAGCUUCUCUACUUCAACUAAAUUGAGAGUUCAUCAGAGAGUUCAUGCUGCAGAAAAUCCUCAUCACUGUAGUGUUUGUGGGAAGAGUUUCGCUCAACAUGGAAAUUUGGUGAAACACCAGAAAACUCAUACAGGUUAAAGACUUUACAUAAGAUGUGUACUGAGUCAGGUCACUUAAAAGCAGUGUUACUUUUAACAGCAGAUUUUGAAUUAGUUUUAGUCCUAUUUUAGUCAAAUAAAUGCCAUGAGAUUGUAGUUGAUGAAGUUAUAUUUAGUCGACUAAAAUUGAAUGGGUUUAAAUGUGUUUGAGUUAAAGUGUAAUUGAAUGCGCCAUGCUCACAAAUAUAUAACUGCUGUAAUCUUGUAAUAUUAUGACUUUUUUCAGGAUAUAGAAGAAUAUUAAUAUUUCAGAAAAGUCCAGAAUUACAGUCCAGUAGCCUGCUAUAAAAAACAAUAGACACCAUCACAGAAAUUCUAUUUGUUUUAUUGGGAAUUUUAUUGGUCCAAACUGAAAACAACUUGUAUGGACACAUCUUAAAAUACAUCAGUGUCCUUUGUUUUGCCUCAAAAUGCACACCAGUAAUGUUUUCUUGCUUAUAAAUAUUUCAAUGCUUUAUAUUUUAAGCCGGAUUGUAAAAUUCUCAUGAACAUAAACUUAUGUAUGAAAAAAUUUUCUGUAAGAAGUCAUAAUGGUCAGAAAAUAUUUAAAAACAACAGAUAGGGGAAAGACUCAAAACAAAAGUAUUAGGAUCACCCUAAUGGUCAAAGAAACCAUUAAAAACUGGUCCCAUUUUUUUUACACAAAUGACCAUAAUGAAAACAAUGUUGAUACUUUUUGCAUAACCUUUUUCAAAUACAGUAGGCUAUAUGCAGUAAAUUCUACUUAAAAUAAGGCUAUGAUUAAAUAUUAUGUGUGUCAUUUUUUGUUUCAUGUGUAAAUAGUACAUAUGUUUCAUUUUUAAAUUUAAGGUUCAGAGAACAUAUUUUCAUUUAAAGUUAAUUUAAAUGUAUUAAUUUUUAUUAAAAUUUUAUAUAGUGUGUUAUUUGAAUGCUAUACCAAUUUUUGUGACCAUGCACACCACACAAAUUUUUUUUUUUUGAGGUGAAGUGGCCCAGCUGGGUCAUCAAAGUGGGCCAUUACUUAUUUAUCAUAAAAUAAUUUUGCAUUAAAAUUUUUGUAAAGGAACUGAUUAUUAACACACAAUAUAGGCCUAUUUAUAAAGAAAACUUUAUAAAUUCAGUUAUAUUAAAUACUAUUAUAUUAAACAACAACACCAAAGCACAUAAGGGCACCCUAUUUAAAAUUCCUAAGUUAAUAAGGAAUAACUGAAUUAAUAAGUAAAUGCAAAACAACUAGCAUGUUUUGAUGUUAAAUUUGCAGAUGGUUAACAGGAUUUAUAUAUGUAAAUUAACAAAAUUGAAAACAUGUGUCUAUAACACAUAAGAUAAAAAAAAAACGAAAUACGUGAAAUAAUUAAACUGUAAAUGUAACAUUUGUAAGUUUCAAAUUAAACAAGGCGUACACGUUAAAGUUUUUUGUUCUGAUUCUACAUUUGACCAGUUAAUUUACUGUUACUCUAUACAUUUAUCAUUUCUUCCAUUCUGCUCUAUCUUUUAUUCCAUCUUCAACCUUUUUUUUCCACAUUUUUAUGUUUGAUGUGAUAUGGUUGUACGCUGCAAAAAAUUCCU